AGACACAACGAAAUCUAUAGAAGAUUCAGACAGAAGCCUAUUGAAAAAAGACUAAACAGUGAUCUUACGUCGAGUAAUUCAUGGCGAUUUAUUUUAAUUGCAUUGAAAAAAAAACGGUGUUUACUCAUAUCAAGGUUAAACCUCACUACAUUAUAUUACAUGGUACCUGUGACUAGCGUUAGUCAUUUCUGAAACAUGAUUGUCACUGGUAUAAUACAUAUAGUACUUUUAUUAUCUUGUAAUGGUCAGUUAGAAGGCAUACCACAAUUACAAGAGUUAAUAAGACCAUUGACAAAGAAUCCUUUCUUACAAUCCAUCGCUGGAACAUCGUCAGACUUCUUAGCCGAUAGCGUGGAACUCGUAAGCCACAUUCCAAUAGCAAUCGCCAGGGCUUUGACACCAUUAGAUGUCUGGCCUGUUCUCGUUAGUCACAGAAAUGUAGUCGAUUUGACGGAUCGGUUUGUCAAAGAAUUAGAUUUGGGCUCAAAAAACGAAGAUGCGACGUUAAACAUCACAGAGCUCAUAUCGAAAUAUGGUUAUCCAGUAGAAACCCACGACGUGGUGACUGAGGAUGGGUAUGUUCUCCGAAUGUUUAGGAUACCCGGCAAUGGUUCGGUUCUAUUCCUCAUGCACGGCUUGCUAGGAAGUGCCGAUGACUUCGUAGUGGCGGGCGUGGAAAGUGGUCUAGCCUAUCAGUUAUCCAGAGGAGGCUACGACGUCUGGCUGGGCAACGCUCGAGGAAAUAAACACUCGCGUCGUCACACACACUUGCGUCCUUUAGAUUCAAAGUUUUGGGACUUUACGUGGCAUGAAAUAGGUUUAUAUGACUUGCCCGCCAUGAUCGACUACGCCUUUGAAAAGAGCGGUUCUACAACACUAAAAUAUAUAGGUCACUCGCAAGGCACCUCAAGCUUCUUCGUUAUGGCAUCUGAAAGACCUGAGUAUAACGAAAAGAUUAGUUUGAUGGUUGCUCUGUCUCCAGUCGCGUUCAUGUCUCACGUGAGAUCGCCGAUUAUAAGACUGCUGGCUUCCGAGGGCCCCCUCUUGUACACUAUAUCGAAUGGUAUUGGAAUAAAUGAAUUUCUGCCUGAUAAUAAACUUGUUAAAACAUUGAAGAGUUUGUUAUGUAGUGUCGGUGUAAUGUCAGAAAUAUUGUGCAACAAUCUUCUAUUCUUAAUAGUGGGAUUCGACCUCGAGCAGUUGAACGUGACCAACCUCCCCGUGUUAUUUGGGCAUGUUCCAUCUGGUUCAUCAGCGAAGCAGUUAGCUCAUUAUGGACAGCUUAUAAUUUCUGAUGAGUUCAGGAAAUAUGAUUACGGUACACACGGGAACUUGAGAAGAUAUGGAAAAACGUUCCCGCCGAGAUACAACCUCAGGAGGAUAAGCGCUCCCGUGUCAUUAUUCUACAGUGAUGCCGAUUGGUUGGCACAUCCCGCUGACGUGAGAAGACUCCUCCACGAGCUCGGGAAUGUGGUAGAUGUAUACAAAAUUCCCUACAAAUAUUUCAAUCAUCUAGACUUUCUGUUCUCCAAAGACUGCAAAAUACUAAUUUAUGAAAGAUUACGAAAGGUUCUCCAGUCUUUUUAGUUAUUUUCUUAACUUUUUUUUAUUAUUUACAAUAUUUAAAUCCCUACUUUAUUAUGGCUUCAAAUGUUAAUGGAUUGUUAGACAACGUUACUAAGUGACAAUGAUACCUUCAUUAUAUUUUUUGUAUGCCCUAUUGUCUUAUGACUGACGUCAUAUGAUUGACAUCAUCAGCAGUUGGGUUUAAAACUUUAGUAGUUCCCGUAACUAUUUACUAUAUACGAAUUAUUGUUUAUAUAUUUUUGUCGUUCUAGGACCUAGGUGCUGGUGAUAUAUAAUUAGUCUUCUUUAAAUAAUAAUACUAAUAAUUAAAUAAACUCCUCUAUUCCAUUCCUCAAA